CCGUCGGCCCGGAUCCUCGAGCGCGUGCGGGAGAACGCGACCGACCUGGCGCUGCUGGCCACGGUCACCACGCACGACUGGAAGCUGCUGAGCGACAAGAACGGCACGCAAAUGUACGAGAUGACGGGCGAGUCCCUCUCGAGCAACGUGAGCACGGUGCGGACUUUCGGCAAGGGCGGCGGCGGCCACCCGUCCGAGUUCUACCUCGUCCGAGCCGCGACGACCGUGCGCGCAGACGUCAACACCAUGCUGGACGUGCUGCGGACCAGCACGUCCGAGGACUUCCGCACGGUCAUGAAGAAGAUUUUCCACAAACAGUUCGAGAGCGGCGCCGUCGUGGACUCCCUGAGCUGCACGACGCCGCCCCCGUACGCGCCCAGUCCGGACAGUAAAGGGUGCAACGGGGGCUGGCAAUUGUUCAGUGAGGAUGACGGCUACAGCGCCAACUGGAUCACGUUGAGGGCCUUCACGAAGUUAGAGGGUCUCGACGGCCCCCGAGACUUCACCAUGAUCUGCUACCAGGACGUCUUCGAACGAGCCUACAUCAGUGACAAGCUCACGCGCGUGGGCCGGCGAGCGUCACGAGACCCGCACCGGCCGCAACCCGUGACGGGGUCGAGACUUAUCGGAGUGUACACGUUCUCCAGUAUGAACUUCAGGGACAUCCCAGAGCUGCCAAAGUCCUCUAAGACCGACCGCCUGCACUUCCGGAACUCUGGUGUCAUCGUGGAAGAGCUGGUCGAAGAGGACGCCAACGGCCCCACGGUUCGAGUGAGCUUGCUGCUGUCUCUAAUGCCGGCCAAGUUGGUGCUGAAGGAGGUCUCGCAGAGCCCGCGCAUGCGUGUGGCGGUCGCUGCCGGGCAUGAAGUGGCCAAGAAGUACCGGAAAUGGCUGCAAACGCUCGCGCUGGGGGUCAGUCACUUGGCAGAGGCAGCAAAGCCCGCUGUCACCAUGCAACACCUGAGCAAAAUGACGUGGACGGAGAGCGAUCGCUGCUACUUGUGCCUGAAGACGUUCCGCACGUACCGCAGACGCCACCGCUGCCGCUUCUGUGGCGAGGCGUACUACCAGCAGCAGAAGAUGAGCUUCUCCACCAUCAGCAGCAGCUCGUACUCGGGUCUGUCGCGCGACGAGCGCGCUCAGCUGGCACUGUACGCUUCCACCAGCUCAGCAGAGUUCAUGGGCAAGCCGCCGCCCUCGUCGACUUCUGUGAGCUCAAACCCCACGCCCAGCAGCUUCACGCCAUCGGACGCCUCGUUGAGCGCCUUCUUGGCUCGAGACCCCGAUAUUCUCUCGCUAAAUGGACUGACCCUAUCUCCUGGAGGCUCGGUGGCCCCGAGCGCAACGACUGCCAUGGACGACGAUGAGCACAACGACUUCACCUACAAGCACAGCAGUGUGCCGCCGUACGCAGACCUUCGCUCGAGUUACGCCACCACUGCUGCCACAAACGAAGGCAGCAACCACAGCCAGUUCAACUACGCCAACAUGACCCCCCAGGAGGUGCAAGCCACUGAGCGUUUACUUCGCGAGGCGAAUACCCGAGGAAACACACGCAUCAAUGGUCAGCCUCCGCUCGAUGGUCGACGCCACCAGCCGCAAUACAAGCACGACUACGACCAAAGUCCGGUAGAACUCGCCAACAAGAAGGUCUACCACGUGCCGGGGGUAGCUCAAAGCUCCGGGGGUUUCUCCCCAUCGCACUCACAGAGGUCGUCAUACUCGUCUGGAAGCGCCCGCAGCGACUUGAUCCAGUUGAACCCGCCAGCCAAGACCCCGGCGGUGUCGAGUAAAAUGGACUUAGUAGUUUUCGACGACAACCGACAAGCGAAGACUCUGGACCAAGUAGGGAGCUCCAACGAUAUGAUUCCGCUCACGUUCUGA